AUGCCCUGUUUACUGAUGGGUCCUGCCACAUUCUUGGAAAACAUUGGAGGUGGAAGGCUGCUGUGUGGAGUCCCACAGGAUGAGUCGCUGAAGCUGCUGAAGGAAAAGGUUUCAGUCAGUGGUACAGGUGACACCAGCCGUUCAGGUGUGACAGGGCAGUUUGCUGGUGCGGCUGCAGAGCUGUGGGGAGCAGGUGGCACGGUGAGCAGCUGCCGCUCUCCCUGCAGCAGCACGCCUGCCCAUUGCUCACUCUCUCUUCCCUUCCAGGUGCAGUGCGCGGAUCACGACAGCGACGGGUCGCAUGACUUGAUAGGCGCUUUUGAGACUAACCUGACUCAGCUGCAGAAAGCGGGUGACGGCUCUCCGGUGGAAUUUGAAUGUAUUCAUCCUGAGAAAAAACAAAAGAAAAAGAGCUACAAAAACUCUGGCAUUAUUAGGAUAAAAUCCUGCAAGAUUGAGACAGAAUAUUCGUUCCUGGACUACAUCAUGGGAGGCUGCCAGAUUAACUUUACAGUGGGUGUAGACUUCACUGGCUCCAACGGAGAUCCCAGGUCACCAGAUUCUCUUCACUACAUCAGCCCAGAUGGGAUAAAUGAGUACCUGAUUGCCAUCUGGAGCGUGGGAAGUGUAGUCCAGGACUAUGACACGGACAAGCUGUUUCCUGCAUUUGGGUUUGGAGCUCAGGUUCCUCCUAGCUGGCAGGUAUCUCAUGAGUUUGCUUUGAACUUCAACCCCAGCAAUCCUUAUUGUCAAGGGAUCCAGGGAAUAGUGGACGCCUACCGCCAGAUCCUGCCUCAGAUCCGCCUCUAUGGGCCAACGAAUUUCUCUCCUAUUAUAAACCACGUGGCAAGGUUUGCAGCGCACUCAGCACAACAAGGAACUGCUUCACAAUAUUUUAUCUUGCUGAUCAUCACAGAUGGAGAGAUCACUGAUCUGGAUCAAACUAGGCAAGCGAUUGUUAAUGCCUCUAAGCUGCCCAUGUCCAUUAUUAUUGUUGGAGUUGGUGAAGCUGAUUUCAAAGCAAUGGAGUUCCUUGAUGGAGACAACGGUGUCCUGAAGUCCCUGACAGGAGAGCCGGCUGCACGAGACAUUGUCCAGUUUGUGCCUUUCCGACAGUUCAAAAAUGCUCCCCGGGAAGCACUUUCCCAUGUGGUUCUGGCUGAAGUGCCCAAGCAGCUGGUGUCGUACUAUAAAUGGCAGGGAUGGCCACCAGUGAAACCGCCCGAAAUCCAGAAGAUGUAGAUUGCAGCCUGUAUCGCUGGGGUGAAGAGAGCUCUCUGCACCCAUGCUCGCCCUUGCACACUGCGGGUGCUUGGUGCCUCGAGGUUGUGCCAUUCACACUAAUUCUCUGACCUGCUUGUGCUUUGUACGUUUGAUCUUUCCUGUUCCUAAUUGGAAGAAAUUUAAAU